GGCCAGCAGGUGGCAACCUUCGUCGCGCCUUUAAACACUGCGAACAGAGGAAGCACGGUGUAUAAACAACAUCGUAAACACUUUUGAGCUUUCGGUAGCUGAGUAGGGGCUGAUUUACGGGAAUAAAUGCAAAUUAGUUGUUUACUACUAUAGUGACAAUGGAGAGGAGCGUAGGGACAGUUUCAGCCAUUAAAGCUUUAGGCUACCUGGGCGGGUCCUGUCUCACACGGUGUAAGUGUGAUGAGCUUCCCUGUCCGCUGCUCACCUGGCUGUCCGCAGAGCUGAGGACUACCUGUCCAGAGCUCCGAGACUCUGGUAGGACAGGUGACAUCUUGCUGGUGGGAGAGCUGAGAGAUUUACUGUCAGACAUGUUCACUCCCCUCAUGGUGCUGACGUCAGAGGUGCUGGAGCCAUCCAUCCUCAACAAAGUCACUGAGUUCCUUGUCUCAGAAUUGCAAGCAGCUCGCAUGGUGAAGCAUAAGGAAUCGCAUCCUGAUGAGAAGACGACAACAGGAGAGGAGCCUGAAAAAGAGCAGCGAGUGGUUGAUCAGAACCAUGAAGUCACUGAGUUGUGUCAGGAACAUGAAGAUGAUGAUGUUUCCGACAAAGACAGAAGGGAGGCUGAGAUGCAGGCAGAAUGGGUGUUACUGCUGCGUGCCCUUGACAUGGACGCCUCCUCUCAAUUUGAAGAUGUGUUGAGUGAGGUGGAGUCCAGGCUCGCUCGUCUACCAGGUGGAGCCAUGAUAGACCCUCUUCUUAACACCAGCCUCAGCUCAGAGCAGUGGAUGCAAGUGGAAAAGAUCGAUCAGUUUCUGUCAAAAGACUAUCAGUGUCGGCGGCAAAUGAUGAUCAAACGCUUCCAGGUUACACUUGAGUCGUUUGCAUGGGGAGAAAAACAAAAGGAGCGCAGCGAAGCGCUGGCCUCAGUUCCUCCUCUUGCAUCCCUCACCGGCUCCUCCCGAGUGUCCCUGCCUCUUCUGCUUGCUGCCAGAGAAGAUCAGUCCUUCAUCGAGCCAGUCAAAGCUGGAACAAGCACCUCUGUGUACAAGACACGAAUGGGCAGCGUACCUGACAGAGGAGGACGGCCAGGGGAAAUUGAGCCACCUAUGCCAGCGUGGGAAGAGCGAAGAGCGAAAGGACACCGGUGGGGACGAGGAAGUGGACACCAUCAACGGCGUAAAUUUUCAGAUAAGAAGAAAGGGAAAAAAGAGUAACAUGUCUUUCUCUUUGGCUUUACUGCUUCAUUUGCGAAAUAAGUGAUAAUUUUCCUUUAUUUAAAAUAAGACUGCGGAAUGCUACAAAGGAUUUAAUUUUAUAGCUAUAAGCGUGUGUAUCAUUUUAGUUAUAGUACACAGACAUAUCUGACGGUGUACAUUUCUAAAUUAGCUUGUAAUUGCUAUAAUGUACUGGUAUGUGACCAGAUAUUUUUGUAAGAUUUUUGUUGAUACGAAAGAAAGAAAACUGAAACAUAAUGCUUGAUUUUUUUUUUUUUUUUUACAUGUUGGCUUUGCGCAUUUAUAGAUUCAGUUUGUUUACUCAGGAAUAAACUUAUUAAACACAGAA